AAGUGUUGGAAUUCUUCCUCCAUAAAUACAUGUCCUCUGUGUAUGACAAACGAUAACAACCCAGCACCAAACCUCACUAAUCCAAUCCAACUUAACCCUCCUCAUAUUUUCCAUUCUCCUUAGCUUCGUAGCUAAUUAACGAAGUGAUCACAAAGAAUAAAGCAUUUAGUUCAGGUAAUUGAACAUAGUAUAUAAGUUGUUGUAAACUUCAUAUCUGACUUUGAUCCUUACGGAUUAAAAGAAGAAAAAAAAGUGAUCACAGAGAGAGAGGCACGAUGGUGAACCUGGUGGCAGCACAGAGGCCAUUGUUACAUGGCCUCAUGAAGAUGGCAGGGGUGAGGCCCUACACGGUGGAGAUUGAGCCCGGGACCGUGAUGAGUUUCUGGGUCCCUUCUGAAACACUAACGAAGCCGAAGAAAAAAAACGAGAAGCCCAGAAUCAGCUCGAAGCCCAGCAGGCCCGCGGUGGUUCUGGUGCACGGCUUUGGCGCCGAGGGAAUCAUGACAUGGCAGUAUCAAGUUGGCGCCUUGACAAAAAAAUACGCAGUCUACGUUCCUGACCUCCUCUUCUUCGGGGGCUCCACCACCGACAAACCCCACCGGUCGCCGGCGUUUCAGGCGCAGUGUGUGGUGGCGGGGUUGAGGAAGCUCGGGGUGGAGAAGUGCAUAGUGGUUGGGUACAGUUAUGGGGGGAUGGUGGCGUUUAAGAUGGCUGAGAUGUACCCAGAAGUGGUUGAAGCGUUGGUUAUCACAGGGUCCAUUUUGGCCAUGACGGACUCCAUCAGCGCCACCUCACUGCAAGAGCUAGGGUUUUCUUCUUCCUCCGAGCUCUUGUUGCCUACUUCUGUUAAGGGUCUCAAGGCACUCUUGACCGUGGCUUCGCACAAGAAGCAGUGGUAUCCCAAUCGUUUGCUCAAAGAUUAUCUCGAGGUGAUGAUCACGAAUAGGAAGGAACGAGGUGAACUAUUGGAAGCCUUAGUAGUUAGCGACAAAGAUAUCAUCAUCCCAAAUUUUUCACAGAGAAUACAUCUUUUAUGGGGAGAGAAUGAUAAAAUAUUCAAUCUGGAGCUUGCGCAAAAUAUGAAAGAACAACUAGGGGAUGGUACAACAUUUGAAGCCAUAAAGAAAGCUGGUCACAUGGUUAACAUGGAACGACCCCGUCUCUUCAACAGAUGUCUCAAGCAGUUUAUUGCCUCCUUCUUGGCCCCAAAUGGACCCAAAAAAUAAUGUCCAGGGUCUGUAUUCUAAACAGGCACACUACUUUUCAUAAGAUGAUUUUACUGUUCCUUUCUUUUCUAUUUUUUUUUAUUUAACGCAAAAGUUAUGAGCAUUUAUCUAAAACCAUGUUACACGAUAAUUUAACAUUAUUUUAAAUAAUGUAAUGUGUAUUCAAACA